CUCAGCAGUAAAGAUGGGCUCUCGUGACGAUGAAUACGACUACUUGUUCAAGGUUGUUCUGAUUGGAGACUCAGGCGUCGGAAAGUCGAAUCUCCUGUCUCGUUUCACAAGAAAUGAGUUCAACUUGGAAUCAAAAUCAACAAUCGGAGUCGAGUUUGCCACGAGAAGCAUCUCGGUAGAAGGCAAGACAGUGAAGGCUCAAAUUUGGGAUACUGCUGGACAGGAACGUUACCGUGCCAUCACAUCCGCUUACUAUCGUGGGGCUGUCGGAGCUCUCCUAGUCUACGACAUCGCUAAGCAUGUGACGUACGAGAAUGUUGAGCGAUGGUUGAAGGAGCUUCGUGAUCACGCCGAUCAGAACAUUGUGAUUAUGUUGGUCGGAAACAAGAGCGACUUGCGCCAUUUGCGUGCAGUUCCAACAGACGAGGCCAAGAUCUACGCCGAAAGAAAUCAAUUGUCGUUUAUUGAAACAUCUGCCCUCGACAGCACCAACGUUGAAGCAGCUUUCACUAAUAUCCUGACGGAAAUCUACAAAUCAGUAUCCAACAAGCAUGUAGGAACUGACAGACAAGGAUAUGGCGGUGGCAGUGGUACAAUCAUUCCUUCGCCAGCGUCCGACCCACCAAAGAAGCAGUGUUGCAUCCCAUAAAUCACAUCGUGUUUUUUUUUUUCAGUCUAACGUGUGUAUUUUUCGAAAUGCCUUGUCCAUUUAAUUUACUGCCCCCGAAAUCCAAAUGAUUCGCUCUUAACAUCCGCGAGUUUUAUCGAAUUCUUGCAAGCACUGCGUUUGCAAGUCUUCACCGUUUUGGUGUGUAGUAUUUGUAACUUUCUUUCAGAUUUAUUUGUAAUUGCCUCCAUCCCCACCCCUUCCCCCUCCCCCCCCUCCGAACCUAUACAUUCGUCCCUUUUUCUUCAGAAGAUUGUGAUCUGAGUUGAGUGGUGCUGCUUUCUUACCAUUUAUCCGACUCAAGAUUGUAUGCCAACUUCAGCGACGUAUUUUGAAUAUUUUUUCUUCACCCUUAUUCAAUAUUAUUCUGGCCCACCCCCACCCAAUGUGUAUAUUACCUAAACUAUUUUGGUUAUUCGUAAUGUGUGUCUCUUGUAGAACUCGAUACCGAGAAACCCUCGCCAAGAAAGCAACGAAGACAUAUGCACAUUGUUUUUAAUCGAGUUUUAUUUAUUUCGCAAUUUUUUUCCAAAUAGUCAUUUUCCAUGAAUAAAUAAAUAUAUCU